AGUUCAAAAAAUGGAUCAUCCGGAAGGCGCCAGCAAUACGGGGAUAUAACUGUAAAUUUGCCUCCAAACAGGAAUUUUGGUGCCCAUUUUUCGUUUCCAAAAUCGAAUCCAAAUUUUCAUUUUCUCUCUCGCCAACAAGGGAAAAAUACGAAGGAAAAUUUCCUUUUUAUCAUAAUCAAAAGCUCAGUAUCUCCUCUGAAUUCAUCUUUACUCUUUAUUAAUCCAUUCAAAACUCCAUCAUUGUUUGUGUUUUCUUUUUAUUUUUAUUUUUGCUAUAUUUUUUGUGUGGUUUAGGGUUCUUUUAUUUUAAAACCAGAGAUCUACUUUUACCGACGAAGAAGAUGCCGGUGAAUCUCACGCGCAACGCGAUUGCCAUGAUGAACAGCGGCGAUGUUAACUCCAAGCCGUUGGUUCAGGUGGUGGAUAUUAAGCUGAUUGGCAACUCUCAGGAGAGGUACCGGUUUUUGUUAUCCGAUUCUGAAUCAACUCAGCACGCAAUGCUCGCCACUCAGCUCAAUGAACAAGUCAGGACCGGACGAGUCAAGAAAGGAUCUAUCAUCCAGUUGAUCGAUUACAUUUGCAGCACUGUCCAAAAUCGCAGGAUUAUUGUUGUGCUGAAUAUGGAGACUAUAAUUCCAGAGUAUGAAAUAAUCGGGAAUCCUAAACUUCUUAUGGGUUCUGAGCCCGAAGCUAACAAGUCAAUGCCUAAUAACAAUUUGUUUGAGCCUUCUACGAGGUCCACCAAUAAUAGAUAUAGCGCCCCAGCUCCUGCUAAUAAGGCCCAGAGUUUUCAGCCAACUAUUCAACCUGCAUACCAGCCACCUCCAAAUUACAAAAUUCAGGGCCCAAUAAUGAAGAAUGAAGCACCAGCACGCAUUAUUCCUAUUGCUGCUCUAAAUCCUUAUCAAGGACGUUGGGCUAUCAAGGCUCGAGUGACUGCAAAAGGGGACCUUCGUCGCUACAACAAUGCUAGAGGAGAUGGGAAGGUCUUCUCCUUUGACCUCCUUGACUCUGAUGGAGGGGAAAUACGAGUAACUUGCUUCAACGCUGUUGUUGAUCGCUUCUACAAUGUUAUUGAAGUUGGUAAAGUUUACUUGAUUUCAAAGGGUAGCUUGAAACCCGCGCAAAAGAAUUUCAACCAUUUGAAGAAUGAGUGGGAGAUAUUCUUGGAAUCAAAUUCAACCGUGGAGCUUUGCCCUGAUGAAGAUGGCUCUAUUCCAAGACAACAGUUCUCCUUCAGACCUAUCACUGAAAUUGAGAGUGCUGAAAACAAUUCUAUACUUGAUGUUAUCGGUAUUGUGAUAUCUGUUAACCCUUCAGUUCCUAUUUUGAGGAAGAAUGGUAUGGAAACUCAGAGAAGGAUUCUGAAUUUAAAGGAUGUAUCUGGAAAGAGUGUUGAGCUAACCCUUUGGGGUGAUUUCUGCAACAAGGAAGGUCAAAAGCUGCAAGAAAUGGUCGAUUCUGGGCUUUUCCCAGUUUUGGCGGUUAAAGCUGGAAAGGUCAAUGACUUCAAUGGGAAGUCCAUUGGCACUAUUUCUUCCACACAGCUCUUUAUAGAUCCAGAUUGUCCAGAGGCACAGGGCCUGAGAGCAUGGUUUGAAAGUGGGGGGAGAAAUACAGCUUCUAUCUCAAUUUCUAAAGAAAUUAUGCCUGGAGGAUCCAAAAAUGAGAUACGUAAAACCUUGACUCAGAUCAAGGACGAAGGUCUCGGAAGAUCUGAUAAGCCAGAUUGGGUCACAGCCAAGGCGACUGUAGUUUUCAUUAAAACAGAUAAUUUCUGUUAUACAGCCUGCCCAUUGAUGAUUGGAGAUAGACAAUGCAAUAAGAAAGUAACACAAUCCGGUAAUAAAAGAUGGCUUUGUGACCGUUGCAACCAAGAAUUCGAGGAAUGUGAUUACAGAUAUCUUCUCCAGGUCCAGAUUCAAGACCAUACAGGACUCACUUGGGUAACAGCUUUCCAGGAAGCUGGCGAAGAAAUCUUGGGAUGCUCGGCAAAGGAAAUGUAUUUAUUGAAAUAUGAAUUGCAGGACGAUACCCAAUUCGGUGAAAUAAUUCGCAGCCGACUCUUUCACCAAUAUUUGUUUAGGCUUAAAAUAAAAGAGGAACUCUAUGGUGACGAGCAGAGGGUAAAAAUCACUGUGGUGAAGGUUGACAAGGUGAACUACUCUGCAGAAAGCAGGUACCUUCUCGAUAUGGUUACAAAGAAUUUGCCGAAUAGAAAACAAUUCUGAACUUUAAGUAGUGAAUUUAGGAGCUGUAGCUUUGGUUCAACGUAGUUCUUUAACAUUUCUUAGGCAUCAUCGAUUUACAUAAUUGCUUUUAGUGAUUCAGAUUGGUAGAGACCUUUCAAGAUUGUAUAGCGGCUAUAAUUCUGCAUAUUCUUGAUCUUUGGCAUUAACAUUUUAGUGCAUGUUUACUGCUUCAGAA